UGAGCCACACACUCGGCCGGUAUCGGCUCGCAUACGCGCUCAGUCGUACUCGGGCCUUGCUCGCGUACAGACGUGUUUCUCUUUGAAUUAAUAUCUAUAUCGUGCGCGCGCCGAGAAAAUACUUCGGACUUGGGACAUAGAGAGAUAGAUAGAUAGAGUUUGAGAGUGUUUUAGCUUACUCCUCUGAUCGUCGAGGUCACCGCACACUUUCUAUAUAUCAUAUACACACACACACACACACACACACACUCUCUUUCUCUCAUUCUAUUUCUUGUAUCUUCUUAUCAUUAUUAUACUUGUCCAUUCCGUUCGGAUUGAUCAUUUAUUUUUUGACCGAUAAUAUACUUCGUCCGAUACUCCGAUCGAAGUUUUGUCAUAUCGGCGCUUCAGAACUAUAUCGAUGACAUUAAAGAAAAAAAGUGCAAAAGUUCAUAUUUAAUAUUGGGGACCGAUUGAUAAGUGUUAUUGGAAGUUGCGGAAAACAUCAAUCGGUGUCUCAUCUGUCCACCUACUAUUAUACUAUUACUACUACUACUAAUAUUACUACGGGGAUAUUAAAAGCGGUCUCGAGUAACAGUGAUAAUCACGGACCGCUUUAAACGGUGCGCGAGUGACGCUCUCGCGAUCCUAACGUGUUCCGAUUAACUUCGUUCCGUUACGCGUAUUCCCUCGAGUGUGCGCUCCACAAUAUAUAUAUAUAUAUAUACGCGCACACACACACGUAUAUAUAUAUAUAUAUAUAUAUAUAUAUAUAUAUAAUAUAAUAUAAAGCGAGAGGACUCGCGGGAGUAGGAAGAAGGAACAAAGAAACGACGUGCCUACUACACUAUUACUACUAAACUACUACUACUACUACUACUGUGUAUCAUCUCUCUCAGUGUAUAAGAGAGAAAGAAGAAAAAGGAGGAAAAAAGGGAAAAAAGAAAGAAAGAAAGAGUGAGAAGAAAAGAGAAGGAAACACGAGAAAGGGGGUGUCCAUCGUUGGUUUUAUAUAUAUAUAUAUAUAUAUAUAUAUCACUCUCAUUCACUCCCUCCAACAUUACUUCGUCCUCUUAUUGGACUCUACUCUUCGACAAGAGAACAGCAGCAGCAGUAGUAGCAGCAGCAGCAACAGCAUCAUCAUCCAGAAUCAACAUCAACACCACCGUCAUCAUCAACAACAUCAUCAUCAUCAUCAUCGUGGUGUUGGUGGUGGUGGUAGAGUAGUGGUGUCGUGUCAAUUGCAUCCCACGUACAACGACGUCUACGAAGCGACAGCGACGACUUCGGAUUGUCUCUUGAGGCGUUAAGAUGAGAUUGGAGGAGGAUUUAGUGAUUCGUAGGAGCAGACCAACGAUGAUUUCGGCAAAGUAUCGUGCGAGAGAGGAACGUCGUCGACUUCUUAAAAUAUCCGCUGGAAAAUUACGUAGAAUCGAAGAUCCCGAAGCGAGUUUGUGCAGAUCGGUUCUAAUAAACAACGCAGUUAGACGAUUGCAGCGUGAAAACCGGGACGAGAAGACUAGAAACUAUGGUCUUCCGGUGGUCACGUAUUUGAAUGAUUCGACGAAGGAGAACAAUGUUUCCAGUAAUCUUAUCAUCGACGAUGACACUAACUCGAGAAAGAGGCUAGCCGAUGAUACGAGAAACGACGGGCUUAGUACGAAACGUCAAAGGCACGACGAGUUGGAUCUACAAGACGACGUUUUCAGCGACUUUUACAUCCUACCCCCAACCCCUCGAUUACUUUCUCAUAUCGAUGAUGUUCAUGACGCGGAAUCGGCUCAUCAUCAUUUGGUCUAUACGGAGGAUCGUUUGGGUGGUACAGUCGACGUACGUGGUCCAACGAACAUGGUCGAUCAUACGUCUACGGCGAACGUAACGUCAACGACAACACCAACGAUACAAGCGGCAUCGCCAACGGCAACGACGACGAUGACGCCAAAUAUCAACACAAAUACCUGCAACAACUCUGUCCUCUUCCCAGCUGACCUGGAUGACCCCAGUACUCAAUUGGCAAGCAGAUCAACGGACGUAGGCAUGAUGGAAGUCGCUGAUGUAGUUGGUUGCGAUCCUGACAGGAUCUGUGACUUUGCUAGGUUUGCAGAUUCAGCGAAAACGUUGGAGGAACGAUUGGUCGAGUUGCAAUCGCUCGAUGAACAUUUUGACUUGGCCAAAUUUGAAAGGAACAACAAUCAGAGCUGUGGCAGAGCUUUCCAUGAUAUCCAAACUUUCCACAGCCUCGUACCAGGUUUGGAAACCUAGAGAAAAGUGAUACGCCAUGAGCAUCCAUUCCUUGUCGCUUCUAAAUCGUUUUAUGAUCAUAUAAACAAGAAAAAAAAGAAGAAUAACAAGAAGAAUAAUAAUAACAACAACAACAACAAUAACAACAACAGCAAUUACAACAAUAGCAACGAUAAUAACGAUGAUGGCGACGAGGACGAUGAUAAUGAUGAUAAUUAUAAUAAUAAUAAUAAUAACGAUGAUAACAAUGAUAAUGAUGAUUAUAAUGAUAAUGAUGAUUAUGAUAACAGUAACGCUGGCUUCGAUAAAGGUGAAGACGCGAAUGAGCAAGCGGGUCUUCGCUUUCGCGGCACGCACAAUGAACCACCAAGAGGAUGAACCUAAAAAUGUGGCAAAACAUAAUCUAGAAAGUCAACGAUUAGAAAGAAUAAUCGUUGCUCGUAUAUCAUUACCGUUGAACGAUCGAUAUAUAGGUGCAUAAAAUAAAAAAAAGAAAAAAAAAAGAAAAAAAAAAACAAGAAAGGGGAAAAAUAAAGAAAAAGAUGGACUACUCGAGAUUAAGAUUUUUGCAUCGAAUCGAGCUUCUUUCUUGCGGGAAAAUUCGAGAAAGAGAAAAAGAAAAAGAAAAAGAAAAAGAAAAAAGAGAGAGAGAGAGAGAGACUCUUCUUUGUUCUCUUUGUAGUAUCGCGAGAAGGAACUAGAGUUGGGAAAAAAAGAAAUAAAUUUCGAAUUCGAGUCUCGUUUGAUCUUCUCAAUUUUUUUUUCUUUCUUUUCUUCUUUUUUCUUUUUCCUUUCUUUCUUAUUUCCAAUACCCGAGAGACGAGAAACGGGGAAGCUCCAAGAGAAAGGGAGAAGGGAAAGGAUGAGUCUUUGUUCGUUCCAAGUUGGCAACGAAAAUUGAUUUCUUAUCUCGGACGAAUAAUUAUCGGUAACAUAGAAAUUUGUUAAAUAGUGCUAGCAAAGUGUGAAAAAAACGACUACGACGAUGACGACGACAACAAUAAUAAUAACAACAACAACAAUAACAACAAUAAAAAAAAAAAACAAGGACGUUGCGAACAAUGGAUUUGUCCAUUGAAAAAAAAAUCCUUACAUGCACACAUAUACACGAGAUACAUGCAUCUAUAUAUACAUACAUAUACAUAUAUAUAUAUAUAUAUAUAUA